AUGGGCACCCGAGGCUUCCACCCAGAGACCGUGCCGCAGGAUGGGAUUGUCUGGCGACUGUCGGAGUUUCUGGUCUCACUGCAGGAACGGUGGAAUUUUCCUGUCCGGAGAAUGCUGCAGGUGUCAGCGUCCCAGUUAACAGAGAAACGGCGGCGUACCACGCACCAAGAGGCUCCCUCUGCUCGCAGCUCAGGCAACGGGGCAAGUGCUUUGCGCAACCACUACACCCUGCUGCACACCAGGAGUGCGCCACGCCUGUGUCCGCCUGCAUCCCGCAGAACGUUCGAGAGAUGCAAGAGGCGAUCAGCAACCGAGCAGCCCACACUGAGCAGCCCAUGUCCGGGCGGAUUAGCUCUGCUGGUUGGGGUUAGGACUAAGGAGGCCAAGGUCGCGGACGCGCUCGCGCCCAGCGAGCGCACCUCCCGCCCGCGCCCGCGCCGCCUCCGGCCCGCGCCCGCGCCCCCUCCGGCCCGCGCCCCCUCCGGCCCGCGCCCCCUCCCGCCCGCGCCCCCUCCGGCCCGCGCCCCCUCCGGCCCGCGCCCCCUCCGACCCGCGCCCGCGCCCAGCCAGCGCACCUCCGGCCCGCGCCCGCGCCCCCUCCAGCCCGCGCCCGCGUCCAGCCAGCGCACUUCCAACCCGCGCCCCUCCGGCCCGCGCCCGCGCCCCCUCCGGCCCGCGCCCCCUCCGGCCCGCGCCCCCUCCCGCCCGCGCCCCCUCCGGCCCGCGCCCCCUCCGACCCGCGCCCGCGCCCAGCCAGCGCACCUCCGGCCCGCGCCCGCGCCCCCUCCAGCCCGCGCCCGCGUCCAGCCAGCGCACUUCCAACCCGCGCCCCUCCGGCCCGCGCCCGCGCCCCCUCCCGCCCGCGCCCGCGCCCCCUCCGGCCCGAGCCCGCGCCCCCUCCGACCCGCGCCCGCGCCCAGCCAGCAGCACCUCUCGCCCGCGCCCGCGCCCCCUCCGGCCCGCGCCCGCGCCCCCUCCGGCCCGAGCCCGCGCCCCCUCCGGCCCGCGCCCGCGCCCCCUCCGGCCCGCGCCCCCUCCCGCCCGCGCCCCCUCCCGCCCGCGCCCGCGCCCCCUCCGGCCCGCGCCCCCUCCGGCCCGCGCCCCCUCCCGCCCGCGCCCGCGCCCCCUCCGGCCCGCGCCCCCUCCGGCCCGCGCCCCCUCCCGCCCGCGCCCGCGCCCCCUCCGGCCCGCGCCCCCUCCGGCCCGAGCCCGCGCCCAGCCAGCAGCACCUCCGGCCCGCGCCCGCGCCCCCUCCGGCCCGAGCCCGCGCCCCCUCCGACCCGCGCCCGCGCCCAGCCAGCAGCACCUCUCGCCCGCGCCCGCGCCCCCUCCGGCCCGCGCCCGCGCCCCCUCCGGCCCGCGCCCCCUCCCGCCCGCGCCCGCCCGCGCCCGCGCCCCCUCCGGCCCGCGCCCCCUCCGGCCCGCGCCCCCUCCCGCCCGCGCCCGCGCCCCCUCCGGCCCGCGCCCCCUCCGGCCCGAGCCCGCGCCCAGCCAGCAGCACCUCCGGCCCGCGCCCGCGCCCCCUCCGGCCCGAGCCCGCGCCCCCUCCGACCCGCGCCCGCGCCCCCUCCGGCCCGAGCCCGCGCCCCCUCCGACCCGCGCCCGCGCCCAGCCAGCAGCACCUCCGGCCCGCGCCCGCGCCCCCUCCAGCCCGCGCCCGCGUCCAGCCAGCGCACUUCCAACCCGCGCCCCUCCGGCCCGCGCCCGCGCCCAGCCAGCAGCACCUCCCGCCCGCGUCCGCGCCCCCUCCGGCCCGCGCCCGCGCCCAGCCAGCGCACCUCCCGCCCGCGCCCGCGCCCCCUCCGGCCCGCGCCCGCGCCCCCUCCGGCCCGCGCCCGCGCCCCCUCCAGCCCGCGCCCGCGUCCAGCCAGCGCACUUCCAACCCGCGCCCCUCCGGCCCGCGCCCGCGCCCAGCCAGCAGCACCUCCCGCCCGCGUCCGCGCCCCCUCCGGCCCGCGCCCGCGCCCAGCCAGCGCACCUCCCGCCCGCGCCCGCGCCCCCUCCGGCCCGCGCCCGCGCCCCCUCCGGCCCGCGCCCGCGCCCCCUCCAGCCCGCGCCCGCGUCCAGCCAGCGCACUUCCAACCCGCGCCCCUCCGGCCCGCGCCCGCGCCCAGCCAGCAGCACCUCCCGCCCGCGUCCGCGCCCCCUCCGGCCCGCGCCCGCGCCCAGCCAGCGCACCUCCCGCCCGCGCCCGCGCCCCCUCCGGCCCGCGCCCGCGCCCCCUCCGGCCCGCGCCCGCGCCCCCUCCGGCCUGCGCCCGCGCCCAGCCAGCAGCACCUCCCGCCCGCGUCCGCGCCCCCUCCGGCCCGCUCCCGAGCCCGCGCGCGGUCGGUCAGCUGUUGCCCAGAUGUUCGCGGCAGCCCGGAGGGGGCCAGGCCGGCGGAGCCUGCACUGCACAGGUGGCUACCAGAGAGCCGCCAGCUCCGUCCACGUGCAGCCCGAGAUGACGCUCUAAAAGCCAGCUCGGAUCACAAGAGUCAGGCCCACAGCUCCUCCAGGAGGGGCAAACUGCUGCCGCGGAAACACAGUUUAAUUGAUUAA